AUGCUCUCUCAUACCGACCUCUUGGAUACUCGCCUCGGGAUGAAGGAUGCUGCUACAGAACUUAUCGGACACAGGGAUGCUUUAAAGUGCAGACUUGGAGCUGGAAGUACGGAUACAGUACACACGGGCGAACUGGCUUCGGGUCCCGAUGCGGUUGAAGGGACCACGCUUCUCCCCGGAGACGACAUAAACAAUGCUGGAUCCAACCCGUCUAGUAUGCAGGUCAACACCAAAGAGCAGGAGAAACAGCAACAGCAGAUUUCAAACCAGUCGAGCGGGCAACAAAAUCAACAAAAACAGAAACGACAUCGGACCCGUUUUACUCCGGCACAGCUUAACGAGCUGGAGAGGAGCUUUGCAAAAACGCACUACCCUGAUAUCUUCAUGCGCGAGGAACUGGCAUUAAGAAUCGGUUUAACAGAAUCACGAGUACAGGUAUGGUUUCAGAACCGUCGGGCCAAAUGGAAAAAGCGCAAGAAGACGACCAACGUUUUCCGUGCUCCUGGCACUUUGUUACCGACUCACGGCUUACCACAAUUUCCAUCCGCAGCCGCCGCUGCGGCCGCUAUGGGAGACAGUCUUUGCUCUUUUCACGCCAACGACACCCGUUGGGCUGCGGCCGGAAUGCCAGGAGUAUCACAGCUGCAGCUCCCACCCGCUUUAGGCCGGCAACAAGCGAUGGCUCAGUCUUUAUCCCAGUGCAGCCUUGGAGCGGGUCCACCGCCAAAUUCAAUGGCACUCUCCAACGGCUUAUCCUCAAACGGGUCCGGUCUUCAGUCCCACCUGUAUCAGCCCACGUUUCCCGGAAUGGUACCUGCAUCCCUUUCCGGUCCGACAAACGUAACCGGCUCACCACAGCUUUGUAGCUCCCCGGACAGUGAUGUCUGGAGAGGGACUAGCAUUGCCUCUCUUCGUCGCAAAGCACUUGAGCACACUGUAUCAAUGAGUUUCACCUAA